AUGAGCAUCGCAUUGAAUCAAGAAUUGGACGAGGAUAACCCUCAAUUGGUUGCUGCUGCGGCCACUGCCUUGUCCUCUGUGUCAUGCACUAUCUUUCCUGAUGUCUUGGAAGUUGGGGAAUUGUCGGCCAAAAGAAUUUGUUCAGACUUUCGUACUGUAAAGAUCCCAAAUCUUCUUUCAUUAAUAGAUACUAAUUUGCGACAGCAUUACAUACGGACCCAAGGUCGACAAUGGCACAAACAAAAGAAAGAGGAAAUGGUCACACCAGGGCUCGUAUAUAUACUGUAUGUCUGCGAUGAUAAAUUAGUAGCGUUUCUUUCCUAUAUGCUUACUCGUGGAGACGAUGAACCGGUACUUUAUCUAUACGAAAUCCACGUAGAUCCCGCUUACCAGCACCUUCGGGUUGGGUCUCGUCUUCUUCUGGAUUUCCACCGGUUGGCAGAAACUCUCAAAUCUCCAGAAACACCUCCACUUUUACACUGCGAGGCUACCAUGUUAACCGUGUUCACAGACAAUACCCACGCACUCCAAUGGUACUUGAAACUCGGCUAUAUCCUCGCAGACGACUCGCCAACCGACCGCAAAUUGAGGAAUCAUACCGUGGUUCCCGAGUACUAUAUAUUGAAACGAUAA